AUGUAUGCACCACCGAACAGUGGCAGCGUAGCAGCAAGAACUGUGGGUCCAGCUAUUGGAGCUCUGUGUUGCGGAGCUUGCUUUUUAUUUCUAAUUGCUGCUACUAUUAUACUAGCACUCAUACCUGUGUAUACACCAACAAAAACGGCUACAUUAAAUCCUAAUGCACGAAAAAGCCAGGAUAUCACAGCGACUAUCGAUUUUGACGGCGCUUCAAGUGGAAGACGAAAAAGACAAGCUGUGCCGCCUAGCAAUUUAACCAGUUAUGUUGGUGGUAAAUUUGGGCCGUAUGGCAAUACAUUAGUUGAAAAUGGGAUACGUAAGGUUUUACGUGCACGAAGAGAAUUCGAGGAUGUAACAGUUUCAAGUGUUACAAUUACACCAGAGCCUAAUGGAAGAAAAAAACGUCUGAUAUGUGACUAUGGAUGUCAACUAAACGUUGGCCCUAUAUUUACACCUCUACUUCGAUAUAAUUUGCCAUCUGCUUUAAUUCUCAUUAAUGUUCCAAUUCUUAAUGCAGGUGGAGGACUGCUUGCAACGAUAUCUUCAAUUCCUAUUAUUGGAGUUUUAUCAAUUACAAAUAUAUAUCCUGCAAGGUAUCCUUUCGUUGCACCAACAUCACCUCCAACAGUCAGUAUAACACCGGCAACUACCUCAGCAACAACAACAACACCUGCACUAUCAGUUAACAUAGGAUAA